CCUCUGGAGGUCUCUGGAAUUUCACUGUCAGAAGUAAAAUUUCGCCGUCCCGUGAUGGGACUGUUUCGACUAGUUGUGAUUGGUAUCGUGCUGGAGGGCGUUUGUCUGACAAGCGGAGAAUCUACCGACGAGCUUUUCCCCCGGCAGGACCAGCUGCCAACCGUCGGUAGCUGGUGGGAGUCGGCCGUCCUGUACCAGUUGCUGCCGCGCUCCUUCCGAGACAGCGACGGCGAUGGGAACGGUGAUCUGCGUGGCGUGCUCGAACGGUUCGAUCACUUGAUCGAGCUGGGCGUCACGGGCAUUUGUUUGGGCCCGGUGUUUCGUUCACCGAUGCGUGACGGUGGGUACGACGUAUCAGACUUUCGUGACAUUGAUCCCCUGUACGGAUCGAUGACAGAGUUUGAGGAGCUGCUGCAACGGGCCAAGGCGGCCGGCCUGAAGGUGGUGCUGGAUUUUGUGCCCAACCAUACGAGCGAACAGCACGACUGGUUCCAGCAGAGUGUGCGGAGAAAUGAAGAGUACCAGGACUAUUACAUCCUGCGCGAGGGUAAGGACGGACUGGAGAACAAGGACAGCCCACCGCCAAACAACUGGCAAUCGUUGUACCGUGGGUCAGCCUGGAGCAGGAAUGUGCGCGGGACCGAGUUCUAUCUGCAUCAGUUCGGCGUGACCGAACCGGAUCUGAACUAUCGGAACGCGAAGGUACGGCAGGCGAUGGAGGCCGUGAUGCGGUUUUGGCUGGAUCGGGGCGUCGAUGGGUUGCGGCUCAUGCAGGUCAAUCAUCUGUACGAGGAUGCACAGUUUCGCGACGAGCUUUUCGUUGACCCGACCGAAACUACCCUUAGCUACGAAAACUUGGAUCACGUUCACACACGCGACUUGGCCGAAAACUACGUUCUUGCCUCCGAUUGGCGUACCCUGUUUGAUGAGUAUGCAUCAGCGGAAGCCGGUCGCACCACCUACCAAAAGCUCAUGAUAACGUCCGCCUAUACCGGCAGCCUGGAAAGCACAAUGAAAUGGUUCGGCACAGCGAAUCGGGUCGGUGCACACAUCGCACAAAACUUUGGCCUGCUGCGGGAAAUCUCGAACGAAUUGCGGGCGGAAGACUUGCAGCGGGUAAUCGAUGGCUGGCUGAAUGCCCUACCGCCCAAUGGUGUCGGUAACUGGGUGCUGGGUAAUCAAGACUAUCGUCGCGUUGCGUCGCGCUUUGGCCGCGAGCUUGCUGCCGGACUGGCGAUGCUUUGCUUCACCCUGCCAGGGACGGUGUUCGUGUACUACGGCGAAGAAAUCGGCAUGGAAGAUAACGACGAGAUUUCGUGGAAAGAAACGCAAGAUCCGCUUGGCUGCAGCACGAACGGAUCGGUAUUUCGACAAUAUUCGCGCGACCCGGCCCGUACACCGUACCAGUGGGAUGACAGCAACGAAUGGGCAGGAUUUUCGCCCACGACCGCCUCAGCGAAACCGGACCCGUGGCUUCCGGUGAACGCAAACUACGCGCUGCUCAAUUUGGCCGCGGAAAAAGCAGCCAACCGGUCGAUGUAUCAUCUGUACCGGGAGCUGAUAAGAUGGCACCGACAAUCUGUCACGCUGCGUUACGGCUCCUACCAAUCGUUCGUGUUGCCGAACAAUGUGUUUGCGGUGUUGCGCUCGUUGCUUGGGGAGCAGGAGUACGCCACGGUGCUGAACGUAAACGCGCACGCUGUAACGUUCAAUCUUAGCCGGGUGCAUCGAUACGCGACACGGGCACGGGUCGCGUUCACGUCUCCCGAAGGAACGUACGUGGUGGAUGAGUUUAUGAAGGAUGUUGCUAACAUUGCACUAGCCGCACAUGAAACGGUUGUGCUGGAGCUUUCGUCGGGUUCGACGUGGUCCGGAGUGCGGAACGGUUUGAUGCUGGCAGCACUGGGUUGUUUAGUGGUUAUUAAUUGGUUCGGGAGUCAGUACCGAACGCCGUAUUGUGGUUGAGAUUAACUAGAGGCUGGGUAAAGCCCACACAAAUCCAGAACAGAAACAAAGAAACAUCUAUAUUUUCCCAACGUCUGAGUCAGCGUUU